AUGCAUUAUCAGCUUUACGAUGACGAAGAGGAAUUUGAACCCAGAGUUACGCCGAAACCUAUAACCAAACACGAUUGCGUACUACCGACUGUGCCAGAAGUAUCUUUAAUCUUUGAGAAAUCCACAGUGAAAAAUUCAAUCGAUGAAAGUACUGAUUUGUUUAAACCAAGUUUGUUGAGACCAUUACAGAAUACUGAUGGUGUCACAGAAAUCAUUGAUCCUACGUUGCCUGUUUCACAUGAUCCUAAUUCUUAUGCAGCAUGGAAGGAACAAAAUUAUUCUAAAGAGAUUAAUCCUACAACAUGUCUUUUGCGAUUAUGUAAAAACACUCGUAACUGUAAUCAUACAUUAAAUUUACAAAAAUCUUCUGUACAAAAGCAACAAGAGCAAUCAGAUAAUAAUGAGAAGCAAAAAUUACAAAAUGCUAAUAAGAAUGAUAGAAUAUAUGAGAAAAGUGUGAAAUUUCAAUGUUCCAAUAUAGAGAAUUCUUGUGAUCCCAAAAGUAAGACUCAUUUAUCUUCGGACAAGAAGCACUCUUCUGAUUUUCUACAAAGAGCAACACUCAAUGUAAUUGAACAUACUUUAGGAACUUCGGGUCCUAAUCCAAAUAUGUUGAAAAAAUCUCAAAAUUUUCAGAUUCCACAUAAUGGAUGUCAGCAAUUUCCCCUCAAUGUAUCCUCUCAAUGUAGCUACUCAAAUUGUAAUACAGAUAAUAACGAAACAGUAAAAACUCUAUUGCAACUUGUAAAUAGCCAAAAUGAACAAAUAAAAAGUUUACAACUUCAGAUAAAUAGAUUAGUAAGAAUGCAGGAAGAAAAUUUCAAGAAUAAAUCAACAUGUUCGUGUUUGCAGCCCCUUGCAAAUCAGGUAUUUAAAUAUCCGAUUAAUUGUUACGAUACUGGUCUUGCUUCAUCUCUUGCACAGUCUCAAAAUCAAGAUUUAAAGAAAAGCACAGUCUCGCAGAGUGCAUCUGUUGUAGAAAAACAAAAUGUAGAGAAUUUUGGUGAAAAUAAGUUGGAAACAGCCUUGUUGGAACAGCCAUCAAAAAAGGCUUUUAUGGAGCAAAAGGUUUCUAUCGGCGUUAUGACCAGUUUUGAAUUUACUGUGCAAAAUAGUCCGUUUCUAAUAGACUCUGAAUUAUCUGAAAAAAGGGAUGCUCACAGAGAGGGUAAUAAUAUUAGCAGGACAAAUACUGUGAAUAUAUGUGAUGCAACAGAACCUAUUAAUAAGUACAAAAAUACAUAUAUGCGCAAGUCUGGAGUAGCACAAUUGGAGAACAUAAUCGAAGAUUCAGAAAGUUACUUAUCCUCUAGCCAACAGCAAAGUAGUAAUUUUAAUGCCAAUUCCUCCAUGAAAGGAACUUCGAAAAUGUAUCAACAUCUUUCUACUGAUAUAAGACAAGAGAAAGCUCAUAAAGAAGUAUUUAAUAUAGGUAAAGAUAAUGUAAACAAACAAGUACAGAAUGCAAGGAAUAUGUCAAACAUAUCUAUGAAUGUAGAUUACAGUCCUAUUGGGAGUACAAAUUGCAGUAAAGCAUUUAUUGAACAAACCAACGAUUAUAUUGUAGAAGGGAAAAAGAACGUCUACAAAACAAAUGUUAGUGAAUAUUCUUCACACAACAUUCAUUUACCAGUAACAGAUUAUUAUUGUAAUUACAGAAAUAAGGAAUAUGGUGCUAAUGGCAGACAAAUUAAAGACAUUAGCGACAGUAUGGUUCUGAGUGGAGGUGAUCUUAAAAUACUUGAAAGACCUCCAACCCCUGAACCAAGUAUUCAUGUUGAGAUGCAGGAAUAUACGAGUGAUGACGAGAGUGAUAAGCUGAGGCAUACUUCUAAAAUAGGUUGGACUUUCUACAACAAUGUUUUAGGACAAGUUAAUGAAAUUUUACAAAAUUCUGCUAUUAUAAGUAAUAAAGAGCUAAAUCAUGCUAAAGUAGCACCUAAUAAUGAACAAGAAAAUGAUAUGAAAACUCGAACGGCACUGAAUACUGUUAAAACAGCUACUUUGGAACAACUUCGAAAACUUGGGAUUAGUCUAAUUGAAACUAACGAAUACAAGGAAUCCAAUAAUAAUAACACGUUAGACUUUGAUUCAUCUUUUUAUCCCCGUUUGGAUCAUCAUGCAAAUAUAACACAUGCUACUAGUAUUGCAAAUGAAACAAAUACAAGUAUGCAUAUGAAAGCAUUGGCAACAAAAUAUUUAAGUGAUGAACAAUUGGCCGAUGUAGAGUGGCAAAAACAAGAAUCAUCUUCAUUGAAACAUCUUAUGCUGAGUAAUAUGCAAGGAACCAAUAUGUCGUUAGCUACAAUGCAUUAUUUAGAAAGAUAUCAACUUCUCCCAGGAAGGAAUAAUGUUCAACCCGAAGAUACUAAUCAAAUAUAUGACAAAAUCUCAUCUAAACAUGAUUUUAAACCAAUGACUACAAAUAAAAAUCCUGCGUUGCGUCGAUUUCCUUUUGUACAAACGUCUGGAACUUGUCCUAGUAAAAUAUUGGAUCUUUCAACUUUAAAGCGACAACCGAAAUUAUUAUAAGCUUUAAAUCAAGUUAUCAGAAAAAAAUAAUUUUUAUUAUGUAUUAUACAACAUACUUUUAUAAAAAUUAUAUAAAUAAAAAUUUAAAGUGCAAAUUUAGAUAUAACAUAA